AUGGCUUCGCAGUCGACACUGCGGUAUUCGGCAGAUCCGAUUGCCAAUUUCUACCACCAAUACUCGACCCUCAUCCGCCAGCGACUGAAGGGAACAUCAAAGACCACAAAGCUCCUUGGAGCUCUUGCCCUCACUCUCUCCAUAAUUGCGGGUGGGGAAGGGACAAGACGAUGGUGGAGAUCGCGGAAAGCAGAGAAAGAACAGGGGCGCCGCCUCUUACGCAGGAACUCUGGGCUGAAGAAUAAAGAUGGCUCCAGAGUAAUCUUUGUUCCAUACAAGGACUCAACGUCGAAAGUGACCAUACACCCAACGAAGGCUCUGACAUUCGAUGCGCAUCGAAGACUGUUUUUGAAUCCGCCAAGGGCGUCUGGGCUUUCUGAUGGCAAUAGACCGCAAAUUCCGCCGCCGCAGACGAAGCCGGGUCUCAAUUUGGCAUUCUUGCAUCAAUUUCUUAGUCUGUUGAGCAUCAUGAUACCAAGAUGGACGAGUAAAGAGACUGGUUUACUAUUGAGUCAUGGCGUAUUCCUCAUGCUGAGAACGUAUCUCUCGUUGGUUGUUGCUAGACUAGAUGGGGAGAUUGUGAGAGAUCUGGUUGCUGGCAAUGGGCGGUCGUUUAUUUGGGGAAUCAUCAAGUGGUGUGGAAUUGGCAGCUUUGCAUCCUACACAAACGCCAUGAUCAAAUUCCUACAAUCAAAAGUCUCGAUUGCCUUCCGUACCCGCCUUACAAGAUACAUCCACGAUUUGUAUCUGAAUGACAAUCUCACCUACUACAAGUUGUCGAAUUUAGAUGGCGGAAUCGGUCAGGGAGCAGACCAGUUUAUCACACAAGAUCUUACACACUUUUGUGCGGCGGCAGCAAGCCUUUAUUCGUCGCUGGGAAAGCCAUUCGUAGACUUACUCGUCUUCAACUACCAAUUAUACCGAUCACUGGGUCCUUUGGCUCUAACGGGACUGCUGAGCAACUACUUCUUGACUGCAACAAUACUGCGGAGACUCUCUCCGCCAUUCGGGAAACUAAAGGCCGUCGAGGGUCGCAAAGAGGGUGAUUUUAGAGGGCUUCAUGCCCGACUCAUUGCCAAUGCCGAAGAGGUUGCAUUCUACGGAGGUGCGACUAUGGAGAAGAACUUCCUUGACAAGGAAUUCAAGAGUCUCAAGAAGUGGAUGGAGGGUAUCUACACUCUGAAGAUCCGCUACAACAUUCUUGAAGACUUUGUUCUCAAGUAUAGUUGGAGUGCAUACGGAUACUUACUAAGCUCAUUGCCUGUCUUCCUGCCAGCAUGGGGUGGUCUGGGAGGGAUCCAGGAGCUAGCAGACGUUUCCGUGAGCGGUGGCCGCGAAAGAGGUCGAAUGAAGGAAUUCAUCACCAACAAGCGUCUUAUGUUGUCGUUAGCUGAUGCUGGUGGUAGAAUGAUGUACUCGAUUAAAGACCUCUCCGAAUUGGCGGGAUACACAAGUAGAGUUUAUACUCUCAUCUCGACACUUCACCGUGUACAUGUAAAUGCAUACUUUCCACAACGCGGAACACAUCCCGAGCUGUACUCAUUAUCUGAUGUACAAGGUACUAUCCAGAAAGGUUUCGAUGGUGUUCGUCUUGAGAAUGUACCUGUGGUGGCCCCAUCGGUCUUCCCCCACGGCGGUGAAGAACUGGUUGACUCCCUUUCUAUCAUCGUUCACUCUGGAGAACAUCUCCUGAUAUCUGGCCCUAAUGGCGUAGGCAAGAGUGCAGUUGCACGUAUUGUAGCAGGCCUAUGGCCCGUCUAUCGUGGUCUCGUGUCCAGACCUCGCAGCAUAGGAACAGACGGUAUAAUGUUCCUACCUCAACGACCUUAUCUCAGCGUCGGGACUCUUCGCGACCAAGUCAUCUACCCCGACGGCGAGAUUGAGAUGCGCGAUCGUGGACGCAGAGAUAUUGAACUCAAGCGUAUCUUGGAAGAAGCUCGUUUAGGCUACCUACCAGAUAGAGAAGGCGGCUGGGAUACUCGAAAGGAGUGGAAAGAUGUCUUGAGUGGAGGUGAAAAGCAAAGAAUGGCAAUCGCCAGACUCCUGUACCACGAACCUCGAUAUGCCUUCAUCGACGAAGGCACCUCUGCCGUCUCGUCAGACGUUGAAGGACUUCUCUAUGAGCGAUGCAAAGAAAAAGGCAUCACGUUGAUCACAAUAAGCACGCGAGCCAGUUUGAAGAAAUACCACACAUUUAAUCUCACUCUCGGCUUGGGUGGGGAUGGAAGCGAAUGGGACUGGGAGCGCAUCGGCACCGAGAAAGAAAAGAUGGGGGUUGAGCGCGAACUGCACGAGUUACGGGCACGCCUGGCCAAAGUCAAGGAAUGGGAAGAAAGAAAAUUAGAUAUUGAGGAAGAGCUAGCGAAAGUAUGGGUUGAUGGCGGUGAAGAGCUCAGAAGCCCACAUCACGUCGAGCAGAGCCAAGAGUAA